AUGUCCAAGCGAAAAAGAGUAGUGUUGCCUCUUAAUGACAAAGUGAAGAUAAUUAAAAGUAUAAAAAAUGGUGAAUCUGGCAGUAAGUUGGCACAAAUAUAUGGUGUAGGAACUUCUACGAUAUCAGACAUUAAAAAGAAUUCUGAUGCCAUAAUGAAAUUCACCUGCGCGCUUGAGAAAGAAGAUGGAAGUUCGCAACGUAAAGUUAUGAAAAAAUCUCAAAAUGAAAUUCUGGAGAAUGCAGUUUAUACUUGGUUUUUACAAAAGAGAGCAUGUGGCCAGCCCAUAUCAGGACCUCUGUUAUGUGAAAAAGCAUUGGAUUUUAAUCAAAAACUUGGUGGUGAUAAUUCUUUCAAAGCGAGCUGUGGAUGGUUAGCAAGAUUCAAAUCUAGACAUGGCAUUCGAGAACUGGAGAUUCAAGGAAAGAAACUUUCUGCUAACGUUGCAUCAGCCAACUCUUUUGUAGACGAGUUAAAAGAAUUUCUAGAUGAAAAAGAAUACGAUUUUGAUUUUGUAUACAAUGCAGAUGAAACAGGUCUUAAUUGGAAAGCUCUACCAAGCAGAUCGUUAGCAUCGCAUCGUGAAAAUGCAGCACCUGGGCACAAAGUGAGUAAGGACAGAGUUACAGUUAUGGUUUGCGCAAACGCUAAUGGAACUCAUCGAUUGCCACUGCUACUUAUUGGUAAAUCAAAAAAUCCGCGCUGUUUCAAAAAUGUUAAAAUCCCCUUAACUUACGCUAACCAAAAAAAAGCAUGGAUGAACACAGAUAUUUUUCUUACUUGGUAUGAAAAUACGUUUAUUCCUGAAGUGAAGAAAUUUCAAAAGGACGUGGGGAAAGAGGGCGACGUAUUGUUGUUGUUAGAUAAUGCACCAACGCACCCUUCCGCUGAAACACUAAAUCGAGAAAAUGGGAAGUUCACAGUUAAGUUUUUACCUCCUAACGUAACAUCGAUAUUGCAACCAAUGGACCAAAGUAUCAUUGAAACUUUAAAACGUUUAUACAGAAAGCAACUAUUGCGUCGUCUUUUGACAACAAAGGACAGUGAAAUAGAAACGACGUUAAAGUUUUUUAAGGAAACAAAUUUGAAAGAUUGUUGUUAUAUGCUGAUAUUAACUGAUGAAGAAAUCAUUGAGGAUUUGAACAAUAACGAAAGAGAAGAUGAAGAAGAUACUGAAACUGGGGAAGUAUGUCAAGUACCAUCUCACGCAGAAGCUUUUGAAGCUCUUGAUAUUGAUUUUAAGUGGUUUGAAAGACAGGAUGUAUCGGAUCCCAUACAGUUGUUACAACUGAAACGCAUCAGGGACUUGGCCGCAAUGAAGCGAAAUGAUUCUUUACGUCAAAGACCAAUAACAAGUUAUUUCCAACCAAAGUUUUAA